AUUUCUGCUGUUGGUGAUCUUAACCUUGUUGACCAGCCUGCGUCUCUUCCUUUGUGUGACCCAAUGGAAUUCCUCUGCUUAGCUCAGCCUUCUCAGAAUAUUUCUACGGUGUAUAGAACUGGUUGCUUUGCAACUAGUUCUUCCGGGAAUAUUCCGAAGAAUACUAAGCAAAGAAAAAGACCAAGCAAAAUUACCAGGAAACUCAAGCAGGCUGCCUCUUUGGUUCCCAAGGAAGCUGUCAAUAUAGAGGAAGGGUUAAAUUCUGGUUUCUUGGUCCAGAAGAAGAGAAAUAAAGCAGGACAUCCAGUGAAUGAAGAAGCAGUUCCACCUAUCUUAAAGUUGGGUUUUGAGAUAGGUCAGCAAGACAAAAGAAAGGCAGUGGAAGAGUUGUCUACCCCAUCCAAACUCUCCAAACCCAAACAAUCAAAGGAGACGCUUGGUUAUGACAGAGUUUAUACAGUGGAACCUGAAGGUCAUAGUGGUGGGUUGGCUUUAUUUAUUAAGGCUGGUGUUACAGUGGAUCUGAGAUUUGUAGAUAAGAAUCUUUUGGAUUUUCAUGUUCAGUUUGGUGCUGUCUCUUGCUUUGUGUCUUGUAUAUAUGGUGAUCCUGUUUUCAAGAAGAGACUUCUCAAUUGGGAAAGGUUAAGUAGAAUUGGGGUUGGAAGAAGAGACCCUUGGUGUAUAGUCGGUGACUUUAAUGAUAUUUUGCACAAUGGAGAAAAGAUUGGCGGUCCAAGAAGAGGUGAUUACAUCUUUAAACCUUUCUCAGAGAUGAUUGCUGCUUGUAAUUUGGUUGAACUCCCGAGUCAUGGUAAUGGCUUCACAUGGGCUGGUCGUCGUUAUGAUCUAUGGAUACAAAGCAGAUUAGACCGAGCUUUUGGAAACAAAGAAUGGUUCGCCCUCUUUCCUGUUUCAAAUCAGUCUUUCUUGGAUCGUAGAGGAUCGGAUCAUAGACCAGUAUUGAUCAAGCUCACUGCUUCUCAGGAUCAAUAUAGAGGGCAAUUCAGAUUUGACAAAAGAGAUUGAGGUUUUGCAGGAAAGCAUUAAGCUCUUGGAAGAAGAAUAAUAAUCUGAAUUCUAA